AAAGAUUCACUAUUUUUUUAAUUAAAUAUUUUUCAUCUGAUGGAAUUCAAGUAAAAUAACCACGCAAAUUGUAAUAUUGUCAAAAAUUGUUUCGACACCCAAAACAUUCAUUUUUUUCGUCACUAUCCGAAACCACAACCUUUACCCUUCACAACACUGUCAGUUGAGGCAGUUCCAGCUGUUCAAAAACAGUCGAAUUGGAGAAGGCAAAAAUAGCUUCAAACAGAUUUCCCCAUCAACAAUGAGCUUGAUUGACCAGGAAGUUACAGAGUUACGGGCCAAAUGUGAAAAGCAGGUGCCGCACACGAAGAUUAUAAUUUGCUCCAACUCCCUUAUCCGGGUUGACAUAUUCCCUGAGCGGCCCAAUCGCUCAAUGACCGUGUGCCUCCGCUUUCCGGAAAACUACCCAACAAGCACACCCAUCCUGGUUGAACUGAAAAGUCGUGUUUACUCCGACUUGCUGCUGACAGAGCUCACCCGGUUGAUCGAUGACUAUGCUAGGGAUUUUCUGGGGAAGCCACAGGCGCUAUUGGUUCUCACCUUUGCCCAACAGUAUUUAUCGGACAAUCCUCUCUGCGUUUGCCUGGACGAGAUCAAGCAGCUGCGGGCUGACAUCAAGGCAGGAGGCACGGAGAGCCAGCUGAAGUUGAAACAAAAGAACCGGAGCGUGGAGCUCGUGGCCAAGGGAGGCCCUUACAUCUACAGAGUGACCGCUGUCGUGCCGGACAGCUAUCCGAUGCAGAGUGUGGACCUGCGCGGCCAGGAGUCAAAUCUUCCGGCCGUGCUCGUACGCUACCUGAACGGCCAGUCGCGAGAGAUAGCGCGCCAGUGCGUGGAGCCCCCAAUCCGGAUGAGCAAGGAGGCCCUAGCCAAUUUUCGGCCAGUAAGAAGCCUGCAACGCUCGCUCAAGUUCUGCUUGGAAGCUGCGCGGGACUUCCACAUCGAGUUCUGCCCUAUUUGUGAUAGUACCGUGUUGCCAGAGGAUCCCCAGGACAUUGAAACGGAUGACAACUCGGACUUCUUUAUCGAGCGCGUCUACUGUGGCCACUUGUUUCACCAGGGCUGCCUUAAGAAGUACCUGUCGGAGCCGCCGUUUCCCAAGGGCGGGAAACUCUGCCCGGCCAAGCGUCGGCAUCCACGUUCCGAUGCUCAAACCUACAUGGGCCGGCCUCAGGCUGGGGGAGGAGCGAGCGUGUCUAGGUCUCCGGAGGAUGUUGUCUGCGGUAUUAAGCUGGCCCAUGAUCGCUGGGUGGUCAGCGUGAAAACCGCGGAAGCUCGCUGGGCACAGAAACAGGCGCGCCAGCGGGAACUGGAGGAAGUUGUGGACUUUCUGCAAUAACAAAGGGUUUAACCCAAGAACAGCUUACUGUGUGUGGUUAUGUAUUUUGUGAUUUCUAUUCGAAUACGCUUAUAUUACUAAAGAUGAAAUAAAUAAAGUGGAGAUGAAGUGCGACUAGGUUGGGUUUGGAAA